AUGAGUUAAUUGACUCAAUAGAAUAUGUAAUUACCAAAAUCGCCUCCUUAAAGUAGCUAAACACCAAGUUUAAAAAUAAAUGGGUCUUAAGCAUUGAGUUAACCUUCAUAAGUAGGGACACCAGUUUCGUAAAUAUUUAAAAAUAAGUCAAUUUAGAAUCUAGAGAAGGUAGAGGGAGCUAAUAAUACUCCUUAGAAUUCACAAUAAAAUUAGACAUAAUCAUCUACAAAUUAGGCUUAAAAAGAAGAGAAAUAGUAAACUUAGAUAUAAAAAAUGAUGCAAAUAUACAAGGGAUAAAACUAUAAAAUUGGAGAAACAUCCCCCAUUUGCAUUUUGAAAGUACGACCAUUGUUUAUUCACGAAACUUUGAAAUACAACAAAUAAAUGAUAGAAGUACUUGAUAAGGAAGCAUUAGCGUUUCAUUCAACUUCUGCUUAAGAAGAUUUUUAUAAAGAUUUUGUUUUGAAUUUAACAAAGGACAAAAUAUAUAGAGCUCAUAGAAUGAUACCAUAAGACUAGCCAAAUAUUGCUUUAUAUGGUUCAGAAUUUCCAUAAAUUAUUGAUAACCUUCUAAAAGGCGUUUCACAUGCGUUACUAGCUUUUGGUGCUUAAGAUUCAGGAAAAACACACUCAAUUUUUGGAACUCUAAGUGAUCCUGGGUUGUUACUUUAUUUUGCCUAGUCUCUAUUCUCUAAGAAGAGUUAAUCGAGUUCUAUGAUAAGCAUAUAUUUAAGUGUAAUGAAAUAUGAAAAUGAUUUUACAGAUCUACUAUGUCCUUCAGGUGAAUCUCUCCUUUUUAAAUUAGGGAAACAAGCAAGUUAUAUGCCUUGCAUAACCAGGGUAAAAAUAGAGAGUCUUGUAGAGUUUUUUGCUUAUCUUAGAAUUGCACUACGAUCAAUGUAGAGUAGAGAUAUAAAUAGAGAUUAUUAAAUAGGUUAACCACAAUAGUAAAAGACAGAAAGGAAUCACUGCAUAUUUAGGUUUUAGAUUUUCCAUAAAAUAUUUGAGAAACAGUAUGUUAAGAGUUAAACGUAAAAUAGUUAGACUAAUAUUAAAGAUUAAAAUCAAAAAUCACAUGAAACUUUUGACAAAGUUGAAUAAAAAAUCUAUGAAAGUGAAAUGCUAUUUAUUGAUUGUGAUCACUAUGACAUAAAUGAUAAAAUUGAUGUGAAAAACAUCUAAUAGUCAAUGAUUACAUUAGAAAAUAUAUUUUAAUAUAUUUAUGAAAUUAAUAAAGGUAUUAGGUCAACAUAAACUCAUAUUCCUUUUGAUAAUACUAAAUUUACUAAUUAUCUUAAAAGCUACUUAUUUGGAAAUAAUCAACUUGUAUUUUUUGGGGCACUCUCUCCUUUUAUAAAUGACCUUGACGAAUCUAUGAAAACAGCUCGUAUGGCUUAAUGGGCCUUUUACAGUAAAAAUUCAAUACAACCUAAAGUAACAGUGGGAAUUUCUUAAUGGCAACGAGUGAACUUUUAAGAUACAAUAUUUUUGAGAAAAAUAUCUCAUUAAACGAAUGUAUUAGGUGACGAAGUGAAAGGGUACAUCAGCAAUUAAUAUAUGAAGUCUGAUGAUAAAGCUGUUUAUUUACAAAAUAUUUUAAGCAUAGUAAAAGACUUAAAGCAUUUAAUAGCUAGAAAUGCAAAAAUAGUUAGAAAUUACUUGAGCUUAAGAGAAGAUUAUCAUUAGUCCAAAUAAGACUAUAUGAAAUUAGAAUUUAACUAAGCUAAACAUAUAAUCAGGACUACAGAAAUUCGUGAACUGUAUUUGAUUAGAGCACUUCCAUAACUUAAGGGAGAUCACUUAAAAAAUCUAAAAUAGCUUUAAGCUAAAAUUGCUAAAAGUACUAGUGAGAUUAACUAUUAUUUUUUAACAUUUGGUUAGAUUAAACAAAAAUUAAAAGAUGUAGUAGAAGCCUAAUACGAGGCUUAUUAAAAUAUAUUAAAGGGAAGCCAUUUAGAUGCUCUGCAUUAGUUGGGUAUAGGUGCUAUUGAAUAUGUUAAGUGGAGCUAAGAAAAUGCUAUCAGAUCUUAUGAAGCACAUGAAGCUUAUAGGUUAGAUAUGUGGAUGGAUGAAAUUACCACUAAAGUAUUUACUUUUUUAGAGCAUUUAAUUUCUUAAAUGGAUAUUAAGGAAGUUUACUAAAAGAAACGUGUGAGAACUUAUAAAAAGAUUCCUACAUAAAUAGCUCUUAGGUCUCUAAAAAGUAUGGCAAAUAUACCUUAAGGAGAUAUUCAUAUUCCUAAUUUAAAUAAAAUCAUAUAAGAAGAAGAGAAGAAAGUCUAAGGCUUUGAGAAUUUUGAUAGUGAAAAAUUAAAAAAUGAAGAAAUGCCUUCUUUGGCUCAAAAAAGAAAUCACUCAUUUUAAUUCUAAAGAAGUCCUAUUAGUGGUAAAUACUCUCCAUAGGUUUCUAAUCCAAAAUUCCUGACACCAAUUAAUCUUGAAAAGAACCGCACUUAAAAAAGUAGUGUGCUAGAUGCUUUUCACACUUAUUUAAAUCUGAAUGAAAAUAAUAGUAACAGUUCUACUCCAAAUGCAAGCGAUCGUUCGCAAUUAGAGUUCCAAAGUAACACUAACAACAAAUAAAGUAUAGUGCAUCUGUCUAUUAAUUAAAAGAGCUCUUUUUUCAGUAAUAAUAAUCCUACUAAUUUAACAAGUAUGGUGAUACAGCCCUAGUAAUUGAAAUCUACUUUCCAUUAUUUUGAUGAGAACAAUUCUUCGGAUUAACUAGGAUAGGAAGUUGAUGCAAAUGUGAGUCUUGAUUAAAAGAAUUAAAAUAGUAAUAAAAUAGUUAUUAUUGAAGAAAAUGAGGAUAAAUUAAAUAAGAAAAAAAGCAUUUUAAUAAAGAAGAGCUCAAUAGAAAUGACAUCAGGAUUAAGUUAAAAUAACGUUUAAUCAAAAAAGAAAGUGAAUGUAACUAGUUUUGAUUUAAUAUCCAGCGAGUAGAAGAUUUAAACGAUUCCAAAUUAAUCUAAUAACUCAAAAACAUAAACUGAUAAAGAAAUGACAAGUGAGAAUGAGCACACUUUAACAGAUGAUAGCUAUUUACCUCUAUCUAGAAAUUCAAUUGUAAAGUAUUCUAUGGAUGACUUAUAAAGGAUUGAUUAAUAAUUAAAGGAUAAAAAAGCAAAGUUGAAAGAAGAAAACAUUAUUAUGCAAAAAAUUGCUUAAGAAGAUUUACUUAAAAGCAAGGAGUAAGCUAAUUAAACUUAAGCUCUUCAUAAUUUUUAAAAGAGAGAUUCUUUAAAUAAUUAAACUAAUAGCUAGAUUUUCAAACGAGGAUAAGUAAACAAAAGAUUAAGUGAUCAAUCUAAUACAAUACAGAAAUUUAAUACUACUUUUAUUAAUCGAGAUUAAACAACUUAGAAUUUAAGUUUACCUGAAAGUAAAAGAGAUUCAUAGAGCACAAAUAUCAAUGUGCCUAGAGAAAAUUCUUAUCAAUAAAUAAAUGUCAAAGAAAUAAGAACUCCCCGCUCAGUAGCUUAACAAUAAGGAGGAAACCUGCUUUAUUAAGCAAAAGACAUUUCGAGUUUCUAACAGGCAUACAGUAAAAGCCUUUAAAAAUCUAUUACUAAUCUAUAAAAUUAAUACUCUUAAGCAAAUAAGAAUUUAGUUAAUAGUUAAAGCUAAGAAAAAUUUGACUUUGUAAACUAACAACAGAGAAAUUUAAACAAUAAAAAUAUCUUACUUAUGUCUCCAAAUUUAAAUAUUUAUUAGGAAGAUAGAUUAAACACUAUAAAAGGUUAAAAAGGAGAGUAAAUCAACACAGGCCAUCAAUUAAAUAUUUUUAACAUGAACUAAAACAUACCAAAAAAUGGGAUCUAUGAAAAUUAAUACUAUUUAUAAAGUGCUUAGGUGAAAAAGAAAAUUCCUUUCGUGUAAAUGGACAUAUCUAAAAACUAGAUUAAGUUAAAAAGCAAAAUUUAGUUGGAUGAACAUUCAAAAUUUAAUAGUAGCUUUGACUAAAAUGAAAUAAAAUAAGCUUUAGAAAAUAGCAAAAGCAAUUUUAAAAUUAUUAGUCCUAAUUAAAGCUUAAUCAAUUUAAAUAAGAAGAAAAUAAAUUCACAGAGUUUAAAUGCCCAUAACCUUGCUUUUUAAAAUCUUCAAGAUAAUAAAGAUAUUGGAUCUUUUGGAGUAAAUAAUUCAAUUAAAGUGUCUAUGAAUAGUGUUGAAACAGACUAAAAUUAGUAGAACUCUCCAUUAAUUUACAGAUAAAAUAAGUUGAGUUUAUAAGGCUUAUUUGGUAAUUAAAACCGUUUAAUAUCACCUCAAAGUAUGCAAGGGAAUGUAAGACCAAUUAACAGCCAAUAAACUGAUUUUGACUUAUCUAAUAACCCUUCUAAAAUGUACUUCUCUUAACCUUUCUACUUCAACCAUAAUACAGAGAAUGACUAAUCAAUUAGUAACAUAGAAUAAAAGGUAAGGCUACCAAGUCUACAUGUUCAGGGAAGCAAUACUCAAUAGUAAUAGCAAACUAAUAAUGAUAAAAGCAGUGUGUAGCUAGGUUCACAUAAUCAAUUAAGGAGUGAGUCAGAAAAAAAGUUGAAAGGGCCUAAAUUAUCUUUACUGACACCAUAACUAGCUCAUGUAAGCACUUAAAAAACUCCUAUUGAUUUAAAUACAAUUUCAUAUCUCAAAAAGAAAAACCGUCAACAGUAAGAAAACCUAAAACAAAUACUAUUAUUUAAUAUAAAUCAUAAGUGA